AAAGUAAGGAGAUAAAUAAUAAUCAGAGCAAAUUAGCUUCUCAUGUACCAGCAAGAAUCUCUAUUAUCUAUUAUAAAAUAUCAAGUUUUGGUACAUUCCACAUCUAUAAACUACAUUCAUCACAUAUAUAAACAAAUUCUUAUCUCUUUGAUGCUACGAAAUGGAUUAUCAUAUAUGAAUGAAUACACUUAUCAAUGUAACACAAUCUUUGAUUAAUCCCUCAAGGAUUUUAUUUUUCUUUUGUCUUUCCUCUUUCAUGGAGUCUGAUCCAAAUCCUAGUGCUUGGAAUCAAUACAUAAACCCAAGAGAUUGUACUCAAGGCUUAUGUUCCACAUUUUGUCCUCAAUGGUGUACUUACAUCAACUUCUCUCCACCACCAAUUUCUUAUGAACAAUUCCUAAACGAUGGCGUUGCAUCAAACCCCAAUCUCUCCCCUCUUGUCAUUGCUAUUUUUGGAAUAUUUGCAACUGCCUUUCUCUUGGCAGCUUACUACACUCUUGUCUCAAAGUAUUGCGCCAACGACACCACCAAUGAAGCUGCCUCAGAAUCCGGAAGAUCGGAUAUAAUUCUCGACGUUAACUCGCCGGAAAGAGGAGACCAAGACGAUCCUUUUGCUCUUGAGUCUUCAACCGCCGGCUUAGAUGAUACUCUCAUAAAAAAGAUCGGUUUCUUCAAGUUAAAAAAGCAUCAAAACGGUUUCAAGAUCAACGGUACGGAUUGUUCAAUAUGUCUUGGAGAGUUUAACGAAGACGAGAGCUUAAGGUUAUUACCUAAAUGCAACCACACCUUUCAUGUCGUUUGUAUCGAUCGGUGGCUCAAAUCUCACUCAAACUGUCCGCUUUGUCGGGCUAAGAUCAUCGUCCCUACCACUCAACAACCUGAACAUCAUGUUGUGGUGAUGAAUCUUGAUCGGUUUACGAGCAAUGUUGGAUCAGCAGAAGGAAAUGUAGUCGUUGAUGAUCAUCGUGAAGAGGUUAGUGUUUCGAUUAGUUCUCAUCAUCCAAGUUGGUUCUCGGCCGCGGAUAUUGUUCUGCGGAUAAGCAGGGACGGAGAAGAGGAAGAGGGAAAUUAUGAUCUUGAAAAUGGAAACAGAGAGAAACUUGUAGACUUGAAAAGAUCAUUCUCAAGUGGUGGCUUGGUUCUUGGGACUCAAGGAAGGACUAGAAGAUCCCUAAACAUAUGUCCUUAAUUAGUUUUCUUUACAUUAUCUUUUCUUCGGAAACAUAUAUUAUUGUAUUUACACUUUGAGAAAUUUAUACAUACAUACAUAUAUACAUCAAACAUCAUCUUAGUUUAGAGGUUUUAAUUUUCGUUGUCUUUAUAUAUUUUUUUCAUC